AUGCACAUCGACAGGUACAAACAGGACAAUGUCUUCAAGAUAUUGCUCGACGAUAUCAUGAAUACCGUCAAGAACCUCAUCAGUCGCCAACUCUACGACUUCGUCGACACUGACCAAGUGAGUGCUACCCUCAUCAGCCACAUCAUGAGCAUCCAAUCCGAGAAUUCGAUGAGUUACGAAGGUAUCAGAAGGGUCAUCAACGCGAUACAGACGGCAACAGCACCGCAGCCGAGGCAGAACCACGACGACGCCCAUCUGCAAGACCACUCUACCCGCGAUGCGAUCAACCGACUGGUCGACUCCAUCAGCAGCAUUUCCUACGCCAAGAUUACCCAGCUCUUCGAGCUGCACACGCACAAUAUCAUCAAUGACAGCCUGGCUACCGUCAUCAACCUGGACUCCAUGUAUGACGAAGCUCAUGACCCAGAUAGGCGAGACGGGCACGAUCAGAUCAUGAACUACCUCAUUGGCGCAAUACGCAACAACCAGGGCAAACAUAUUAGCAAUCCACCUGCCCAACCCAUCAUGACGGCGAACCCGAAGGACCUGACCCUUCUGACCCACGGACCUACCACCCUCAAGAGGAUGGACUACCAGACAUCAACACUGAUCGCCCAACGGACCCGGAGCAUGAUCACCGGCGGCCACAUCCCAACGGGCAAGGAGGCCUACUUGUUCGACGCACGAUACCCAAACCUGUGCUCCGACAUCACGUCCGCCAGCGACGGCCAUGAGGAGGGCGAGGAGUACUUUCUCAGCGAUGACCACAUGAGCUACAAGACGGGAGCAGAUGCCCACACCAGCCAAGCAUCCGCGUGGGCGCGCACGAUGUCCGGCCAUGGCUACGGGGAGUCCAAGAGGCGCGCGGCAUCCCGGAGCCGCAGCGCGGACUUCGAGAAGCGCCACAAGGGGGACAAGAGGAAGAAGGAGAAGAAGCAGCAGAGGGACCAGAGGGACGCCGAGGACCCGCGCGCGCGCAAGCGCCCGGCACGGUCCCGGAGCCGACGCGGCGGAGAGCGCGGCAGUGCGCCAGAGCCGCCGCCGGCGCGGGAGCCUCCAGCGAAGCAGGCGCAGCCGCAGCAGGGUGCCAAGCAGGAGGAGGCCGUGCUCGGCAGGACGAAGAGCGAGUCGGUGCCCGUGGCCGUCGCCCCGCGCGCGGCCUGGCGCGACGAGCUGGACAAGGGCAAAGCUGUUGAGGAAGAUGAUCCUCCUCUAGACGGGAUCGUCAUGGAGCCGGACGACGACGAGGUCGAGCGGAAGCUGGCCGAGAGCCGCGCGCGGCGAGAGGCGCUGAUAGCGAAGUGGGUGAACAAAGGGGAGGGUGCCAACGGGCAGGGGUCGCUAGAGACCCCGGACACGGGCAUGGACGCCGAGGCGUCGGACGAUUCCGACGGCGAGGCUUCCCCGACGGGGCCCGCGGAGAAGCGGGAGAAGCCCGACGAGCAGACGCUGGAGCAGAUGAAGGAGAUUCAGCGGUUCGUGCUUCAACAAAAGGCGGAGCACGACGACGAAAACGAAAUGUUCGACGAGAACAUCGACGAGAGCGCGCUGAAGCAGGGCAACGCGCUCAAGCAGUCGGCGGCGAUCUCCACCACAGGUGCGUCCGCGGACGACUGGGACGACAAGGAAGGGUACUACAAGGCGAAGAUCGGGGAGGUCAUGGGCGGGCGCUACCUCGUGACCGAGGACAAGUGCGGGCAGGGCGUCUUCUCGAACGUCGUGAAGUGCACCGACCAGCAGGACAAUAUACAGGUGGCUAUCAAGAUCAUGCGAUGCAACGACAUGAUGCGAAAGGCGGCGGAGAAGGAGAUCGACAUCCUGGAGCGGUUGGCCAAGGCCGACCGCGCCAAGAAGAGCAACGUGAUCCGCCUGAUUCGGACCUUCAGCUACCGCGGGCACCUGUGCCUCGUGUUCGAGUGCAUGUGGGACAACCUGCGGGUUGCCCUGAAGAAGUACACGAAGGAUAAGGGCAUGUCCCUGCAAGCGGUGAAGGCGUACACGAAGCAGCUGCUGAUUGCAUUGCGACACAUCCACAGGUCGGAUAUCAUCCAUGCGGACAUCAAGCCCGACAACAUCUUGAUUAGCGCUGGUCACAACAUCGUCAAGAUAUGCGACCUCGGCAGCGCCAUGGACCUCACAGAGGUGGAGCCCACGCCGUACCUUGUGAGUCGCUUCUACAGGGCCCCAGAGCUCUGCCUCUGCAAGGAGUACGGGCCGCCCAUUGACGUGUGGGCCCUGGGUUGCGCCUUGUUCGAGCUGUUCACAGGGAAGAUUCUCUUUCAGGGGAAGUCGAACAACGACAUGAUCAGAUUAUACAUGGAAGUCAAGGGGAAGCUUCCCCACAAGAUGAUAAAGAGUGGCUCGUUGUGGAAGCAGCACUUCAACGAAGACCUCGACUUCAGAUUUCAGGACGUGGACAAGGUGACCCGGAAAAAGAAGAUACGCACCAUCACGGAUUGGACGAAGCCGCGCAAGAUCGAGGACAUGGUCAUGCAGCGCAUCGGGACCGAGAAGCAGAAGUCCAGCGAUCCAGAGGACAUCCUUUACAUCAAGAAGGCGAAGCAGUUCGCCGACCUGAUGGACAAGAUGACGACCUGCGACCCCGAGAAACGGGUGUCCGCGGACGAGGCGCUGUCGCAUCCUUUCGUCACCGAGCCGGGACCUGGCGCCCCGGCGAAGGGCGGCUCCCAGGGCGACAAGGGCCCGAAGUCCAAGGAGGGCGCGCCCGCGCAGGGCAAGCCCAAAGACGCCAAGGGCUCUGGCAGAAGAUGA